UCCGCACUUCCGCUUCCGGCGGCGUCCUGAGUGGCUUGCAGUGCUGCGAUGGCGGCGGGCGGCAGCGAUCCGCGGGCUGGCGACGUGGAGGAGGACGCCUCGCAGUUGAUCUUUCCCAAAGAGUUUGAAACAGCUGAGACACUUCUAAAUUCAGAAGUUCAUAUGCUUCUAGAGCAUCGAAAGCAACAGAAUGAGAGUGCAGAGGAUGAACAGGAACUCUCAGAAGUCUUCAUGAAAACUUUAAACUACACAGCCCGUUUCAGUCGUUUCAAAAACAGAGAGACCAUCGCCAGUGUCCGCAGCUUGUUGCUCCAGAAAAAGCUUCAUAAGUUCGAGUUGGCCUGUUUGGCCAAUCUUUGCCCAGAGACUGCUGAGGAGUCCAAGGCUCUGAUCCCAAGCCUGGAGGGGCGGUUUGAAGAUGAGGAGCUGCAGCAGAUUCUUGAUGAUAUCCAGACAAAGCGCAGCUUUCAGUAUUAAUCUUGAAACAUCCUGGUGGGACCAUACCCCUGGUACAGCACCAUCUUCGCAGGGCCUUGGCUGACCUGCACAGAAAUACUACUUCAGAAAACAGCUUAGUUUUGGUUUAGGUUGCCAUUUCAAACUUGACUGUUAGACCACGGUAACCAUUUCAUCUUCAGGGGCCUUGCGGUGGCUUCCUGAGCUUGCUAAAUCUCCAGCCUCUAGGAAAGGUUAGGUAGGGUGAUUUGCAUAUAGGCCAUGCUAUUGACUACCUCAUCCCAUGGUAUUUGGCUCCUGUGUUAUUUUUUAUCUUUAAUAAUUCUUGUUUUAAUUUCAGUGUGUUUAUAGUUUUUGAAAUCAGAGUAGAACAUGAGAAGAAGCUUACCAUGGAAAACAGUUAAACCAAGGUUAUCUGGGCUGGGUGUUGUGAGGCCCGUAGCCUUCAGGUAGGCAGAUAGCUUCACCUUCUUGGACUGUCAGAGGAUGUGGAUUUGGAGUACAUGUUCGUGAAGAACUCACUUUGUCACCCCAAAUUAAGAUUUUUCUUUCAUAGGUCAGACUUGAAAGUCUGAACACUUUGAAGUCUCCUCGUGUGGGGCGUCCAUGCCACAUCUCUGGGCUUGUUGGGUAGUAAUAGGCAGUCUGUGAUGGGCGGGACUUGGAAGGAAAGAGUCUGCUGCUUCUGGAGCCAUUGCAGUGAACAUACUUGAUCUAAGGGUAGUUGGGAGAAACGCUUUAAAAGCUGUACAUUAUAGCUUUGAUUUCUCUGGAGGGAGUUAGUACAUGCUUUCUUCACAGUGUGGGGGUUUUUCUUUGGGGCACUUGCUGUAUUCAUGAUCCAAGGAAAAGACUGGGGAAAGAACAAAGUUGGCUCUAAAGAUCAAGAUUGUUUUAUGUCACCUGCUGGCUAAGUCAGAAAUAAAGUAUUUUUAUUUUCAUAAGCUCUUGUAGUUUUUGAAAUAACAUGGUUUCUAAGUAACCAACUUUUUUUUUUUUUUAAAUAGCUCAUGCUUUUGUCUGGCUUUAUCAUAAUUUAAUCAAUUACAAAUAAUGCUGUAGUGAUUAUGCACAUGUAUGAAUAUCUGUGUAGGUUAAAUUCCUUAGUCCAAGGGACAGCAUUUAAAAUUUCGAUAGAAAUUAUAAUCCUUUCAUAUUAAACUCCAACUAAAAAUGUCCAUGAGUACCUGCUUUCUCAUACAGAUAUAACCAAUUUUUUUUUUUAAUCUUUGCUUAUCAGGUAGAUGAAAAAUGGUAUGGUAUCUUUCUAGUUUUAAUUUUCAUUUAAUUUAUUAUGAAUGUCUUUGAGCUUUUUUUCAUAUAAGUCGUUGAAAAACCUGCUAUAU